AUCAGGAAUCAUCUCCGAUUCUCCACCAAGAAAGAGGAGGCCAAACCAAGCCGAUUCGGUGAAAUUAACAAACAAAUACGAUAAAUCAAACCCAGAUAGAAAAUGAUCUGGGCAUACCCACCAACUCGGAAGCAACUAGCUGCCACUGUUGGGUUGUUUCUCACCGGUGCUUCACUUUCAGUCUAUGGAGCCUACAUGUCCCUCGCCAACAUUGCCCCUCAACAAGCCCGAACCAAGGCUCGUAGCGAUUAUAUUAAAGACCGCCUUCGGAAGAUGCUAGACGAUUAGACCGCUUCCAUAGCCUCCUUAACGGCGGCGCGUGAUGGUUUGGAGGACUGCAGCAGAUGGCCUAUGGUUUUCGUCAUUCAGUUUUGUAACUUUCAGUUGUACUUCGGUUGGGCUUUCUAGUUGUAUUGGGCUGGGCUCCUUGUUUUAAAAUUGUUGUGGUAUUUUAUGCGCCCCAUUUAUUUACAAUUAUUAGCAUUAUUAGUUUUUUU